GAGUAGAGGUUCAUCAAGCCUUGCUCCCAUUGUUGAAGACAUUUCUGCACUUUAGAGGGAGAUUGUGAGAAGAAGAAGGGAAGAAGAGCAACAGGCUCACAUUCAGAGGUUAGGGUUUGACAUGGAGAACCUGCCUCAAGAUAGAGCUGCUGAAGAUGGUCAAGGAGCUGCCAACCUUGGACCACGACAUCCACAGCGCCAAGCUAGAGCAAUUGGUGCCCAUGAUCAGCCUAACAUCCAUGGAAAUAGGGCUGGCAUUAGAGCACCAGCUGUGGAGACAACAACUUUGAGAUCAAGUCAAGCUUGAUCAACAUGAUCCAAAGCAACAAGUACCAUGGGCUUGCUUUGGAAGAUCCUUUAGAUCACUUGGACAACUUUGAUCGGCUGUGUGGCACCAUCAAGAUAAAUGGUGUUUCUGAAGAUGCAUUGAAGCUUAGGUUGUUUCCAUUCUCUUUGGGAGAUAAAGCUCACACAUGGGAGAAGGGUCUCUCAAGAGAUAGCAUCCGAACAUGGGAUGAGUGCAAAGAAGCCUUCCUCACCAAGUUCUUCUCUAACUCAAGAACUGCAAAGCUUAGGAAUGAGAUUUCAGGAUUUCAACAAAGGAAUCUUGAAGGUUUUGGUGAAGCAUGGGAACGAUUCAACAGCUACAUUGCUCAGUGUCCUCAUCAUGGUUUCACCAAGGAAAGCUUGCUUAGCACCUUCUACAGGGGAGUUCUCCCAUCUUGCAGAAACAGGCUUGACACAGCUAGCAAUGGUUUCUUCCUGGGCAGAACUGAGCAGGAUGCAGAGGAGCUGGUGGAGAACAUGGCAAAGAGUGACUCAGUUUACAAUGAGGAGUAUGAUAGAGCCAGCAGAGGUGAGGAUCAGCAGACAAAGAAGGAUAUCAAAUCAUUGCAAGACAAGUUGGACUUGGUUCUUUCAAACCAAUCCAAGAAGGAGCAGGUUAGCUUUGUUGGUGAUCCUAAUCAAGAGGUUCCUCGUAAGGUGAAUGAGGUUGAUGGUUUGGAAGGGCAAGAAGACCUUUGCUUCAUCAACAACAAUGGUACAUGGUACAGAAAGGAGCCUAACUUUCAGUACAACAACUACCAGCCGAGGUCUUAUCAAAACAACCAGCAAGGAGGAUACCAACCUAAGCAAACCACUCAACAAGGGAACUAUCAGCAAAGGAAAAAUGCCCCUCCUGGUUUUGGUAACACAAAUCAGUCUACUCAAGCUCAAGGAAGCUCAUCUCAGUCUAAGGCUCCCGAUUCAAACAUGGAGUCAAUGUUCAAGCAGAUCAUGGAAGCUCAGUCUAGAGUUGCAAAGGAUAUUGGGCAUGAGUUCAAGACAGUGCACUCCAAGAUUGACAGUACCUACACAGAGCUGAACAACAAGAUCAGGGCUUUGGAGAGCCAAUUUGCUUCUAUGAACUCUCAGCCUAGUCGCCAACAAGGAACCCUACCUGGAAAACCUGAGCAAAACCCCAAAGAAACAAUGAAGGCAAUCACUUUGAGAAGUGGUAAAGAGUUGCCUCCAAGAGUACUCACCAAGGAUGGUGAGAAACAGGGUGGGGAGGUUGCCAUCAACAUUGAUGAUGAGGUAGUUAUUGUUGAUGAGAAGGUUGAUGAGGAAAUUCUGGAAAAGAUUGUGGAAGCUAAGGGCAAAGGAAAGGUUGGAGAGGAGAAGAGAACAGUGAAGCAAGGUGGAGCUACAUCAAAAGAUACUUCUUUUGUCCCUCCUCCCUAUGAGCCUAAGUUACCUUUCCCAGGAAGAUUCAAGAAGCAACUAUUGGAGAAGUACAAGGCACUCUUUGAGAAGCAGAUGAGUGAAGUGCAGAUUACAAUGCCCAUCAUAGAUGCCUUUAUGCUUGUUCCUCAGUAUAACAAGUUCUUGAAGGAUGCUGUGGCUGCUAAGAAGAAAGAAAUGGAAGGAAUGGUGGUUCUUACUCAUGAGUGCAGUGCCAUCAUUAAAAGGUUGACAAUCCCUAAGAAGCUAGAAGAUCCAGGAAGCUUUACUCUACCUUGUGCCAUUGGUCCCCUGAUGUUUGAAAGGUGCCUAUGUGACUUGGGAGCUAGUGUUAGUCUCAUGCCUUUAUCUGUAGCCAAGAAGCUUGGGUUUAGCCACUACAAGAAGUGCAAAAUCUCCUUGGUGCUUUCUGAUCGCUCAGUGAAGUUCCCCAUUGGAAUUUUGGAAGAUCUCCCUGUGAUGGUGGGAAAUUGUGAAAUCCCUACUGACUUUGUGGUGCUAGAGAUGGAUGAGGAAGCUAGAGAUCCUUUGAUCCUUGGAAGACCAUUCUUGGCCACAGCAGGAGCAAUUAUAAAUGUGAAGGAGGGAAAGAUUGAUCUUCACUUGGGUAAGGAGCACAUUCUCCACUUUGACAUCAAUGAGAUAAUGAAGAGGCCAACCAUCCAAGGGCAGAUCUUCUACAUAGAGGAAAUGGAAGCUUUAGCUGAUGAGCUGCUUGAAGAGUUAGCACUUGAGGAUCCUCUACAGCAUGCCUUGACAGUUGAUAGAGGAGUCCAAGUGGUUGAGAACAAGGAAAGUGAUGCUUAUGGAAGGAUGCUGGAUUCACACAGAGGGUUUGAGAGUGAGGAUCAGUAUGAGGCGCUUCAACAAGGGGUUCAUCAAGAGGCAGCAUCCACUCAACAAAAGGACAGUCACCAAGAGGAUUGGGAUGAACUCAAAGCACCUAAGGUGGAACUUAAACCCCUUCCCCAUGGUGUAAGGUACGCUUUCCUUGGCCCUAAUGAGACUUACCCUGUCAUUGUGAGUAGUGAGCUUACUGAACUUGAAUUGUCUCAACUGUUGAGUGCACUUAAGAAGUUUAGGAAAGCAAUAGGGUAUUCUCUAGAUGACAUCAAAGGGAUAUCACCUUCUUUGUGCAUGCAUAGGAUACAUCUAGAGGAUGAAUCAAUGACUUCUAUUGAGCAUCAAAGAAGGUUAAACCCUAAUUUGAAAGAAGUUGUAAAGAAGGAGAUUCUCAAACUCUUAGAUGCAGGUGUUAUUUACCCAAUCUCAUAUAGUAAAUGGGUAUCUCCUGUGCAUGUGGUUCCAAAGAAAGGUGGUAUCACUGUUGUGAAAAAUGAUAAGAAUGAGUUGAUCCCCACUAGAACUGUAACUGGACAUAGGAUGUGCAUUGAUUAUAGAAAGUUAAACUCUGCAUCUAGAAAAGAUCAUUUUCCAUUGCCAUUUAUUGAUCAGAUGCUUGAGAGACUUGCAAACCAUCCUUUCUAUUGCUUUCUUGAUGGGUAUUCAGGGUUCUUCCAAAUCCCCAUACAUCCCGAUGAUCAAGAGAAGACAACAUUCACAUGCCCUUAUGGUACCUUUGCCUAUCGAAGGAUGCCAUUUGGGUUAUGUAAUGCUCCAGCCACCUUUCAAAGGUGCAUGAUGUCUAUCUUCUCUGAUCUCAUUGAGGAUGUUGUGGAGGUGUUCAUGGAUGACUUCUCUGUCUACGGAUCUUCGUUUUCUGCUUGUUUGUCCAACUUGUGCAGGGUCCUACGGAGAUGUGAAGACACCAACCUUGUGCUGAACUGGGAGAAGUGUCACUUCAUGGUCAAAGAGGGGAUUGUACUUGGACACAAGAUUUCAGAAAGAGGCAUCGAAGUGGACAAGGCUAAGAUUGAGGUGAUGGUUAGUCUACCUCCACCAAAGACUGUGAAAGACAUAAGGAGUUUCCUUGGCCAUGCUGGGUUCUACAGGAGAUAUGUCAAGGACUUCUCAAAGGUUGCUAGGCCAAUAACCAAGCUGCUAUGCAAAGAAGCCGCUUUCAGCUUUGAUUCAGAUUGUCUUGAAGCUUUCAAGGAGCUGAAGAACAAUUUGGUCAAUGCUCCUAUUGUUCAGCCACCUGAUUGGAGUCUCCCCUUUGAAAUUAUGUGUGAUGCAAGUGACUUUGCUGUUGGAGCUGUUUUGGGGCAGAAAAAGGAUGGCAAGACUCAUGUGAUCUACUAUGCUAGCCAAACCUUGAAUGAUGCUCAGGUGAAGUAUUCCACAACUGAGAAGGAGAUGCUAGCCAUUGUAUUUGCCUUUGAGAAGUUCAGAAGCUACUUGGUUGGGUCAAAGGUUAUUGUCUACACUGAUCAUGCAGCUUUGAGACACCUCUUGGCCAAGAAAGAUGCUAAGCCAAGACUUUUGAGGUGGAUCCUUUUGCUUCAAGAGUUUGACUUGGAGAAUAGAGACAAGCCGGGCAUUGAGAAUGGAGUAGCUGAUCACUUAUCUAGGAUGAGGAUUGAAGGUGAAACCCCCAUUGAUGAAGGGCUUCGUGAGGAACAGGUCAUGGCCAUCAGGGCAGUGGUUGCAGUGUGUGAAAAGGGCAAGAAGCUUGAAGAGGUUAAGGCGUCUAAGGAGGAGGAGCCUUGGUAUGCAGAUUUUGUGAACUACCUUGUCACAGGAAAGGAACCAUUAAGACUUGAAGGUUAUUCCAAGAAGAAGUUCUACAAGGAGUUGAAGAGGUACUAUUGGGAUGAACCUUUUCUUUUCAUCCUUUGCAAAGACCAUCUCUAUAGAAGGACAGUGGCUGAAGAAGAGGUUGAUGGAAUCCUACAACAAUGCCAUGGUUCUUCAUAUGGAGGGCAUUUUGCAACUUUCAAGACAGUGGCUAAGGUUCUACAAGCUGGAUUUUGGUGGCCUCAUAUGUUCAAGGACACACAAGAGUUCAUCUCAAGGUGUGAUUCUUGCCAAAGGAGAGGGAACAUCACAAAGAAGAAUGAAAUGCCUCAAAACCCAAUUCUUGUAGUGGAAGUAUUUGAUGUUUGGGGAAUAGACUUCAUGGGACCUUUCCCCUCUUCUUAUGGCAACAAGUACAUCUUAGUGGCUGUAGACUAUGUGUCUAAGUGGGUUGAAGCAGUUGCAAGUCCUACAAAUGACUCAAGAGAGGUGUUGAAGAUGUUUAAGAGCAUCAUUUUUCCAAGGUUUGGAGUUCCUAGAGUGGUGAUAAGUGAUGGAGGCUCACAUUUCAUCAACAAACUUUUUGAGAAUCUUCUCAAGAAAAAUGGAGUGAAACACAAGGUUGCAACCCCUUAUCACCCUCAAACCAGUGGUCAAGUUGAAAUCUCUAACAGAGAGAUCAAGGGUAUCCUGGAGAAGAUUGUGGGAGCCAAGAGGAAGGAUUGGUCAGACAAGCUUGAUGAUGCACUUUGGACCUAUAGGACAGCAUACAAGACACCAUUGGGAACCAUCCCUUUCAACCUUGUGUAUGGGAAAGCUUGCCAUCUACCAGUAGAACUUGAGUACAAGGCAUUGUGGGCUGUGAAAUUGUUGAACUUUGACAUCAAGAGUGCAAAAGAAAAGAGACUUUUUCAGCUUCAUGAGCUUGAUGAGAUUAGGAUGGAUGCUUUUGAGAACUCAAGGAUCUACAAGGAGAGAACCAAAGCCUUUCAUGACAAGAACAUUUUGAAGAGAGAGUUAAGAGCAGAUGAUCAGAUACUCCUCUACAACUCUAGGCUGAAGUUGUUUCCAGGGAAGCUCAAAUCAAGGUGGUCUGAACUUUUUAAGAUCAAGAAAAUUAAGCCUUAUGGGGUAGUGGUUCUUUGGGAUAAGAAUGGAGGAGAGUUCACAGUGAAUGGACAAAGAGUGAAGCUCUAUUUGGGUACUACACCAAAGGAAGAUGGAUUCUCAAUUCCACUUUCUGAACCCACCUCAACCUAGUCUCAAAAGAAGGAAAGUCAAGCUAGAGACUUUAAACAAGCUCACUUGGGAGGAAGUCCCAUGUCUAUCCUUGUAAAUAUUGCAUUAGGAUUUCUUUUUCGAGUUGAAGUGAAGUGAACCUUGGAGAAUGGGAACCAUGGAUAGAGGAGGCAAGAAGCUAGUGUGGUA